AUGGCUGAUCUCCCAGGUUUGCUGCUCGCUUCACUCAAUCCAGCAACCAGGAAACAGGCUGAGCAGAGCCUCAACUCGUUCAGCACACAACCUGGCUUUCUCACCCACCUUUUGAACCUUGUUCUCAACCAAAGUCAUGAUCGUUCAGUCAGAUUGGCCGGGAGCGUGUAUCUGAAGAACAUCGCAAAGCUAAGAUGGGAAGAGGACGAACAACCUUUGGCAGACGCCGACAAGGCUGCCCUGCGAUCCCAACUGGUCCCUGCAAUGAUCACCCUCUCGAAUCCAGCAGAUAAAGCCGUUCGUGCUCAGAUAGCAGAGUCGGUGGCCCUCAUUGCAGAACUUGAUUUCCCAGAGAAAUGGCCCGAUUUGAUUGAUCAACUCAGAUCGUCCCUUUCUUUGACCGAUUACAAUGUCAACGUCGGUGUGCUCGAGACAGCCCACUCUAUCUUCCGCCAAUGGAGGUCCCAAGUCCGAUCCGACCAACUCUUCACAGAGAUCAACCUCGUCCUCGGCAAAUUCGUCCAGCCAUUCCUCGAACUCUUCAAGCAGACCGCCUCGGUUCUCGUCAACCCUUCAUCCAAUACCGCCUUGACGUCCCCUACAUCAAACUACGCCCUUCUUGCACAGGCUAUGGUCCUCCUCAUUGAUAUCUUCUUCGACUUUACGUGCCAAGAUCUUCCGCCUGCUAUCGAAGAUUCCUACGACGACUUUUUCGAUCCUAAUCGCGGUUGGUUCCAAGUCCUUCUGACUUGGGAUCCUGCGGAACUCAAGGGCGAUCCCGAUGAUAGCACACCUUCACUUCCAUCCCAAAUCAAAGCAGGCAUUCUAGAGAUUGCAGAGCUCUUCAUCAAACUCUAUGCUGACCAACUACAACGAUCUCCUGCUGUACCUAAAUUCGUAGAGCACGUUUGGAGCUUGAUUGGAUCCAACAAACUGCCCAGUGUCGCGGACGAUGGCGUUGUUUCUCAAUCACUCAGGUUCAUUUCGACUGCCAUUCGUUCAGGCUUCUACAAGGACUUGUUCGGUUCCCGCCAGACCAUCUCCCAACUAAUCGAGGGUGUCGUCAUCCCCAACAUUUCGAUGCGGGAAUCUGAUGUCGAGCAAUUCGAAGACGAUCCUCUCGAGUUCAUUCGACUUGAUUUGGCCCUUUCGGCCACUGGUACUGACUUGGGUACGCGUCGUCAUGCUGCCGCGGAUGUUCUCCAGGCUCUUGUCGGAGCAGGCUUUGAGUCGGAGACUACUGAGAUCGUCGGAAACUGGAUCAACCAGGGUCUUUCCCAAUACCAGACCAACAAGGAGGCGAAUUGGAAAGCCAAGGAUAGCGCCAUCUUCCUCCUCACAGCGAUUGCUACGCGAGGUUCGACGAGUCAGCAAGGAGUUACGUCGACGAAUGCGCUUGUGGACGUUGUCAAGUUCUUCUCCGACCAUGUCUUCCAGGACCUUCAAGCUGCCAGUGGGACUGUUCACCCCAUUCUUCAAGUCGAUGCUAUUCGAUUCUUGUACACCUUCCGAAACCAACUUACGAAACCCCAAUUGCUCUCUGUUCUUCCGCUCCUUGCUGGCCACCUCAAGUCGGACAACUAUGUCACCUAUACCUACGCUGCUAUUACUAUCGAUAGAGUCCUGUUCAUCAAGCAGGGCGGGAAACUUUUGUUCUCGCAAGCUGAUAUCCAAGAAUCCGCACCCGAGCUUAUCAACGCUCUUCUGUCCAAGAUCGAGUCCGGAGGAACCCCCGAAAAGGUUGCUGAAAACGACCACCUCAUGAAGUGCACUAUGCGCGUCAUCUUGACUGCACGACAGGGUCUCAACCAGGUUUAUCAACCCCUGCUCAACCGGUUGGUCGGAAUUCUUGGUGUCAUCUCGAAGAACCCUAGCAACCCUCGAUUCGAUCAGUAUAUCUUUGAAAGUAUUUCCGGUUUGAUGAGGUUCAUUGUAGAGGGCAAUCCUUCCGCACUUCCCACCUUUGAACAAGCUUUGUUCGGUCCCUUCACUAUCAUCCUCCAACAAGACAUCGAUCAAUAUAUUCCCUACGCAUUCCAAGUUUUGGCACAAAUGCUUGAAUUGCAUCAACCUGGCCAAAUCCCUGCGGAAUACACGUCUCUCCUUCCAUUCCUGUUGACCCCCGCUGUCUGGCAACAAAAGGGAAGUAUUCCAGGUCUCGUCAAGUUGCUCAAGGCGUUCCUCUCUCGCAGUGCGCCUGCGAUGGUUGCUGGUGGUCAGAUUGCGUCGGUGUUGGCUGUGGUUCAGCAACGUCUCAUUCCUUCCAAGAUGAAUGAUUCUUGGGGCUUUGAGCUGUUGCAGUCUGUCGUACUGAACGUUAAGCCAGCUGAUUUGCAGCCAUACCUCAAGCCGAUCAUCAUCACCCUGUUGACGAGGAUGCAGUCAAGCAAGACGGACAAAUAUGUGUAUUUGUUCAGUCGGUUCUUGUUGUACACGAUCGCGAUGAACGUGCCCGACAUGGGACCUGAUACUAUCAUUUCCGUUGUCGAAAGCAUCCAGCCUGGACUGUGGCCACAGGUUUUGACCAACUUUGUGAUCCCGCAAGCGCCCAAGGUGCCGCACAAGGACCGUAAAUUGGCAGUUGUGGGUAUGAUCAAGCUGCUUUGCCAGAGCAAGCUUAUGAUGCAAGAACCGAUGGUUCAAUCAUGGCCCGCUGCAUAUGGUGCCCUUGGCAAGCUCUUCAGUGAACCUCAGCACUUCAAGUCGAACGAGGAUGAUUCUGCGACAGGAUUUACGGAGAUCGACUUUGAAGAGCAGACGGCUGGAUACCAAGCUGCGUACUCGAGGCUUGCAGCAAGUGAGACGAAGGAAGUGGAUGUGGUUGCCUAUAUCGGGAAUCCGGAGAGCUUCUUGCAGGAGCAACUUGCGGCGCUGAGCCAGAGUGUUGGAGAGGGCCGAGUCAAGGCGUUGAUUGAUAGUGCUCCCCAGUAG